UAAAACACUACUCUGAAAAUUCUGCUUCUGUUAGGGAUAUAAUGCCACCCUCUCCUCCUAAAUCUCCUUUUAUGAGCUCUUCACUGAAAGAAGCUCAUGAAGAUAGCAGAUUUAAAUGCUAUAGGGGUGUCCGAAAGAGGUCGUGGGGCAAGUGGGUGUCUGAAAUCAGAGUUCCAAAGACUGGAAGACGAAUAUGGCUAGGUUCAUACGAUGCUCCAGAGAAGGCAGCUCGAGCCUAUGAUGCUGCUCUGUUCUGUAUUAGGGGUGAGAAGGGAGUUUACAAUUUUCCCACUGAUAAAAAGCCGCAGCUUCCAGAAGGUUCUGUCCGGCCUCUGUCCAAGCUCGACAUACAGACAAUAGCAACAAACUAUGCUUCAUCAGUUGUGCAUGUACCUCCUCAUGCCACCACACUCCCGGUAACAGCCCAGGUUCCCUCUGAAGUUCCUACUUCCCCUGAUGUAUCUGCUUCUACUGAGAUUACAGAGAUAGUCGAUGAAUAUUAUCUCCCAACCGAUGCAAGUGCAGAAUCAAUAUUCUCAGUAGAAGACUUGCAACUGGACAAUUUCCUCAUGAUGGACAUUGAUUGGAUAAACAAUCUAGUCUGAUGUGUGACGUCACUUGCAGUGACAUUUAGCUUUAAUAUUGUUGAACUACCAGUUACCUGUCUCUUUAUUUAGCAUCCUUGUC